GUUUGAUUUUUUGCUCCAGUGACUGGAGCACCAUGCCGCGCCCGCUGCCCCCAAGCCUGCAGCUGCUCUGGCCCCUGCUGCUGCUGCUGCUGCUGCUGCUGCCACCGCCCGCCGCCCCCGGGCCUUUGGCCGGCCCGGCUGUCGCGAGGGUGCGGACCCGCGGACCCGUCGGCAGCCCUGGGGGCCGUGGUGCAGGUGUUUGCAAAAGCAGGCCCUUGGACUUGGUAUUCAUCAUCGAUAGCUCUCGUAGUGUACGGCCCCUGGAAUUCACCAAGGUGAAAACUUUCGUCUCCCGGAUCAUUGAUACUCUGGACAUUGGGGCCGCUGCCACACGGGUGGCAGUGGUGAACUAUGCUAGCACGGUGAAGACCGAGUUCCAGCUCCAGACCUACUCAGACAAGCGGGCCCUGAAAAAGGCUGUAGCGCGCAUCACACCCUUGUCCACCGGCACCAUGUCGGGGCUGGCCAUCCAGACAGCAAUGGAUGAAGCUUUCACAGUGGAGGCGGGGGCCCGGGGACCCACCUCCAACAUCCCCAAGGUGGCCAUCAUUGUGACUGACGGGAGGCCCCAGGACCAGGUGAGUGAGGUGGCGGCUAGGGCCCGGGCCUCAGGCAUUGAGCUCUAUGCUGUAGGCGUGGACCGGGCAGACAUGGAGUCCCUGAAGACGAUGGCCAGCAAGCCUCUGGAUGAGCAUGUGUUCUAUGUGGAGACCUACGGCGUCAUCGAGAAGCUUUCCUCCAGAUUCCAGGAAACCUUUUGUGCCCAAGACAAAUGUGCUUCUGGUACCCACGGCUGCCAGCACAUCUGUGUGAAUGACAGGUCCGGGUCUUAUCACUGUGAAUGCUUCGAGGGGUACACGCUGAAUGCAGAUAAGAAAACAUGUUCAGUCCGUGACAAGUGUGCUCUGGGCACUCACGGCUGCCAGCAUGUUUGCGUGAGUGAUGGGGCUGCGUCCUACCACUGUGACUGCUUCCCUGGCUACAACUUGAAUGAAGACAAGAGGACGUGUACAGCUAUUGACAAGUGUGCUCGUGACACUCACGGAUGUGAACAGGUUUGUGUGAAUGACGGAAGCGGCUCUUACCACUGUGAGUGCUACGAAGGUUACACUUUGAAUGAAGACCGGAAAACAUGCUCAGCCCAAGACAAAUGUGCUUCUGGUACCCACGGCUGCCAGCACAUCUGUGUGAAUGACAGGUCCGGGUCUUAUCACUGUGAAUGCUUCGAGGGGUACACGCUGAAUGCAGAUAAGAAAACAUGUUCAGCAGUUGAAGAGGCCCGGAGACUCCUUUCCACGGAAGACGCUUGUGGCUGUGAGGCCACCCUGGCUUUCCAGGAGAAGGUCAGCUCUUAUCUCCAGAGACUGAACACCAAGCUAGAUGACGUUUUGGAGAAGUUGCAAGUCCAUGAAUAUAGACAAGUACAUCGUUAAGCUGCUUAAAAUUCUCACCCGGAAAUUAGAGAGCUCAGUGUAACAUUCAUUCUUUCGCGCACUUGUAUCUUCAGUGCUUCUGCUAAUAUUUCACUAUUGUAAAUGCUUGAAUAUUACUGGAUAUAGUAUGAGGAUUUUUCUGGAGAACCAGUAUUAUUUUUCCAAGGAAAUAAAGGUGCAGAUCCUUAAAAGUAAACUUCAGUGUCUUUAAGCUAUAACUGUGAAAUGGUUUGUAGGAAAUAGAAUGAAAAAUUUAAUGUCAAUUGGUGGGUACAGUGGCAUAUGCCUGUAA